AACUCUCCUGAACGUUACCCUCAGUUUAUGUUUGGCUUAAAGGAGACGCAACAAAGCUCGCAAAAUGGCUGCGCCCCGGGGCCGCUCCAGUAAGUAGGUUUACUAUAGCUUUAAGAACGCUAAAAACGGUGGCUGCUUCUUUAAGAUUAUAUCGCUUUAUUGCUGAAUAGACAAUUAAGAAAAGUUUUAAUUGUAUAAUCAAUAAAUCUAUGUGUGUAGUUUGCGACGAACCAGGCGCAUUAACCGAAAAUGUCCCACUGUUGGAUAAAGGCCUCCUGCCAUCAAAAUGUCUUUAUACUAGAUGUGCGUUAUUCGUCGUUUUUCCAAGUAAGCCGUCUUGACUUUCUGUGGAAUUAAAGACGGGUUAAAGUGUCUUCUCUGCAAUGGAACCGACUGGCGACCAAAAUGAGGAUAUAAAUAAAGGCGAAGAGCUCGUGGAUCUCAAGGCCCCAGAGCAGACCUCGGCCCCCAUUGGACCUGUCACCCCGAGAAGGAGGCUAAGGGAGCGGGGAGCCAUUCGCACGAGAUCCGGCGUCUCCGCGUCACAAACUGAUGUUAACGGGGCCACUACUCAGGUCACCGGGAGAGUUUUAAGGGACCGUUCAACCAGGGCUGUACCGGCAUGGCUUAAGGACAGCAAAAGCGAAGAGGAUGAAGACGAGCAGAGCGCUGACACCGGAGCCAGCAAGCGUAGGAAAGUUUCCAACUCUCGGCGGAGGAGAAACUGCGAAUAUUCGGUGGAGGCUGGUGAUGGCGUCGCAGGGGACAGCAUCCAAUACGUUGACCCUGCAGAGGAACUCAAGAAAUCAUCUACUAAUGCUGGCGUUCUUCCCACAAGGCGCUCUCCAGCCCAGAGUCGAGCCAAGCCUCCAUCUGGCAGGGCCAAGUCAGCGUGCAAGACUGAGCCUGGGGCAGAGACUCUAGCUGCUGCUGCAGAAGAGUUGAACAAUAAAGAAAAGGAUGACAUUGAAAAGAAAGAGAAGAGUGAUGGUGUUGUUAGUCCAGUUCUGGAUAAGGAGGACCCUCAAUUACAGGGUGAUAUAAAUGACUUCAACUAUCAAUCACAGCCUCAGAGUGGAGCAGAUGAGGAAGAGGCUCCCAGCAGUGAUGAAGACGUUCCUUUUCGAGACGAUUUAAAUGAUCAGAGCUACAACCCCAAGGAUGAGAGAUUUGUGGAUGUCCCCAAGCCAAAGCGUAGGGUUCCUCCUAGGCAGAAGGACAAGAAAGAAAAAGAGAAACUCCCCAAGAAAGAGAAGGAGAUGGAGGAGAUAAAGACAGAAGGGUCAGACAAUUUGGAGAGUGUGGAGGAGGACGUGAAGCUUGAAGAAGAAGCAGAGGAGGACCCUGACGGUCCAAGGAAGAAAGGACGCCGGAAAAAAGAUGAUAAAUCUCCACGGCUGCCGAAAAGAAGGAAGAAGCCCCCGGUGCAGUAUGUUCGCUGUGAAAUAGAAGGAUGCGGCACUGUUCUGGCUCACCCUCGCUACCUGCAGCAUCACAUCAAAUACCAGCACAUGCUCAAAAAGAAGUAUGUGUGCCCUCAUCCUAAUUGUGGAAGGCUUUUCCGCCUACAGAAGCAGCUACUUCGUCAUGCCAAACACCAUACAGACCAGAGAGACUACAUCUGUGAGUUCUGUGCUCGUGCCUUCAAGAGCUCCCACAAUUUGGCCGUGCAUCGCAUGAUUCAUACAGGAGAGAAGCCCCUCCAGUGUGAGAUCUGUGGCUUUACCUGUCGCCAGAAGGCCUCUCUCAACUGGCACAUGAAGAAGCACGAUGCUGAUGCAACCUAUCAGUUCUCCUGCUCCAUUUGUGGCAAGAAGUUUGAGAAGAAAGACUGCGUGGUGGCCCAUAAAGCCAAAAGUCACCCUGAGGUGCUCAUAGCUGAAGCGCUCGCAGCUAAUGCUGGCGCCCUUAUCACAACCCCAGCAUCAUUGCUGGAGCUGUCGGACAAACCGGUGCAAGUGGAGGUGGCCAGCAUGGAAGUGGGUCAAGAGGGCCAAGUGCAGCAGGUGUUGCUCCAAGAUCAACAUGUUGGACAGCAAGUGGCUCAGGUAUCCCAAAUGGGUCAUGUGCCCCAGCAAGUCAAUCACCAGGUGGUUCUGGUGGGACAAGACCAGACCCUCCAUACCAUGCAGGUGCCAGUGACAAUUGCCCUCUCCCCCAUAGACCCCCCGUCGCCUGCUGACAACCAACAGCAGUCUCACCUUCAGCUCCAGAUGCCCGUCCAGUUCGUUCAGCAGCCCCAACAACUUACCCUCCAAUCCCCCUCAGUGGUGACCCAGCACCAAGCACAGCCUCUUCAGUCCUACCCUUCCCAGCAGCAGAGCCAAGGCCAAGCCCAAAUCCUACAAAUGACCUUCCAGCAGGUCGGCCAGUCCCAGACUCCCAUCCAGCAGAUACCAAUCCUAGCCACCUCUCAGCAGCUUCCCAGCCUGCACACAGCCACCUCACACUCACAGGAGACAUCCUCCGCCAACAAGGAAAGCUUCAUUCCAGACAAUCCUGUGCUGGUUCCCUCCUCUCCACCGGGUGGCGCCGCCUGGGAGCAAACCGAACGAGGGGACGGCAUGUCUGAAGACAUUGUGCAGCUGACUCUGAUGUGAAUUCAUAACUGAACAGCCACAAUACGUCAACUACCAUAUUGUUCAUAUUGUGUUGCAACAUUUGACGUCAAUGUAGGAUCGCAACAUACUGUUGGCUCAUAGUCGUAAUUGUUAGCUUUUUAGAGAAUCAGGGAAAUGUGUGUGUGCUUAAAACCUGUUGCCUUUGUACAUAAUAUAUCUGUCACUGGCUUUUUAUGUUUGUUGAUUGUUGUAAAGCUUUUGCUCUGAUGCACUAUGACAGCUCAUCAUAUAAUGUCCAGUGUGUGUCCUCGUAUACAAACUUUAUGUAUUGAAUUUACAAACAGUAGGAAUCUAGCAACUUCAUAAGUCUUAAGCCAAGUGUUUAAGUCUAUAGUAUGUCCAAUGUUUGACAAUAGGGCUGCCACUAACAUUUACUUGUGUUUAUCUUCUCAGUAAUGUCAAAACUGUCCACUGUCAAGAUUAAAAGCAGAAUAUUCCUAUUUAUAUAACUUGAAAUUGGACUGUUCUACUCAACUGAUUACUAUAUCAAUAUUUAUAGAGAAACAGAUGGUGGGUGUUAGUAAUAGUUAACCUGUAUAUGUAUUUUUUGCAGUUCGGUGUUUCAGAAGGAACAGCAGUGUGAUUCAGAAUGCUAGAGCAGAACUUUUCAUUUAUGAGCUGUAAAUAAAUGUGUUAACACAUUAGUAUUUAUUGGUG